AUGAGUGAGGGGGCAGACGCACCGCUUCGCGUGGCGGUGGUGGGUGCUGGCAUUGCUGGCCUCAGCACAGCCUACCAUUUGGCCAAAUACGGCGGGGGCAACGUGCGUGUCUCGCUACUCGAGCAAGAAGAUGUGCUUGGAGGCCAUGAAAUGCCCUUGGCCACCAAGUAUGGUACUGUCGACCUUGGAUACAUGGUGUUCAACGCGGAAACCUACCCCAACCUGCUCCGCUUUUACCAAGAACACCACAUCCCGAUCGAGCCCACUGAUAUGAGCUUUGCUGUUGAGACCCCGUCUCUGAGCUGGCGCUUCGGAGGUGCCCUGUCCGAUUAUUUGCGUCUAUUGACCAAGCCCGAAUUUCACAGCUUCUUACGCGACAAGCAUCGCUUUCACCACGAGGCCCGCCAAUUUCUCAAGCAGCACACCAACACCGACACCCCACCUCCUGCCCUUACCCUGGGUGAAUUCUGUGCUCAGCAAGGCUACGACACCCCCUUUGCCGAGGGUUGGCUGCGUCCCUUUUGUGAGGCCGUCUGGUCAGCCAAGCGCACCGCCGCCUUUGACAUGGAGGCUUGGACCAUCCUCCAGUUUUUGCGCAACCAUGGCUUCCUGUCCUGGUCUUCUCCGCAAUGGUACACCCCGAAAGGUCGAACCACCGUUACCCUGGAACGCUUUGCAAUGCUUCUGGAGCAGCAUUCUGUCCAGGUGCAAACUGCCACGCGUGUCACAAAAGUCCAGCGGCGCCCCGACGGCCGCCUUGAUCUCACAACUCAGAACGAGCACAACAGCACAACGCCAAUUACCACAACAUAUGACAAAGUGGUUCUGGCCACCCCUGCUGGUGUGGCGCAGCACCUGCUUGCCGAGCUCGACGAGCGGGACGCUGCGAUCCUCGGCGCCUUUGCCACCAGCCGCACUCAGCUUUGCGUCCACCGAAACCGGCAACUCAUGCCCAAGAACACCCAUCAUUGGGCCUCGUGGAACGUCUUGGACCGCGAAGACAAAGCAGCUGCCCCAGUUCUGACUUACUGGCUCAAGCCACUCCAGCACGUGGCCGAGCACGAUCUCUUCAUUACCUUGAACCCACCCAACAAAGCCUUUGCCGGUCCAGCCCAAGAGCUGCUUCUUGAAUCUCGCUCAGUCGUGCACCCAAUCAUGGGCAUAGCGGCCGCCGAAGCCCAGCGACAUGUCUGGUCGUCCUACCAAGGCCAUCGUGGCAUCUACUUGGCCGGCGCAUAUCUGCACUACGGAUUCCACGAGGAUGGCUUUCGCAGCGGGAUUGAAGUUGCAAGAUGCCUCCUCAACUCAAAGGCCAUUCCUCUGCUACCCGUGGUUGAUCACUUUGCACCCACGAGUGUACUGAUGACAGGAGUUACAAACCAUACGCGGUACUUUAAACCCCCGGGCAUGGCCCUGUUUCUUCCAGCUGACACAUUCUGCCAGUUUGACGCAUCGGGCAAGGUGGUGCAUGCUUUCAGCUACCAGCUGGAGUACGACUGUGUGGACAUUGAUGCCGGCUUCUCUAAAUGGUGGGGUGGACUCUGUCGUGCCGACCACUUUGGGGAUUCUGAGCGCUCUUUAAGCGAGGUUGUGCGGAAUGAGGUGUGCCGGCAAACGGGAGAAUGGCCCACUGGACCCAUCAGCCUAGUGACCCUGCUUCGGCGCUUUGGAUUUUGCUUCAAUCCCAUUUCCAUUUUCCUGUGCUGGGCGGAUGAUGCUCGCACCAGCGUCACACACCUUGUGGUGGAAGUCACGAAUACGCCGUGGAAGGAGCGCACCGUCUUGGUCAUUCCCACCCGGGGCGAACGGACCGCCUCAAACAUUAAGCUGCCCAAAUCCCUGCACGUUUCUCCCUUUAACACUGUUCCGGACGGACGAGCCCAUUGGCGAUUCGCCUACAGCUUGCCCGCCAAUGGGAACAUGUCCUCCUUCUUCUUCAAGGUUGAUCUGCUACCAACGGCCACGGCCACGCAGCCCAUUGUCACAGCCUCGAUGAAAUUGGCAGCCACGACUCGAUCUCGGCGCUGGUUCCCAUCGGCCCUCUGGACCUCCCUCCUCAUUCACUGGGAGGCCGCCCUGCUCAGAGUUGUCCGAGGCAUGGCCUUUUACGAUAACACGGGUCGAGUCACCGCUACCCGUCAAGCCAGCCCGGCGUCACCGCUACGUUGGCUGUUUGUCGCCUGCCUAGUGGGUCUGAUCCUCCAAUUUUUCGCCUUUUAA